AUGCUGGCGUUCAUCCAACUUUCGGUACUGACGCCUUGGCUGUCGCCGAAAUUCGUAUUUGUAACACUUCAAAACAUGCAGCGAGUUUUACAAACUCAAAGAAACGUCGAUAACACAACGCACAGUACAGAACUUGGCACUAACGAAGCACGUCUCAACGAACACAAUUCUGGGAGUGUAAAAUGUGUAAAUAAAGCAGCGCUGUAUAUUGGCAGCACGUGCGCAUUCGACGGCGAACCGCGUAUAACAAGAAAACGCGAGCGGCGUGAGGACGCCUCCCUACCACGACCGCUGCACGCACAGGGCACAGCGAGACUGACGCAAGCGGAGAGUUCUCAACCGCCGUCGCAUCCCAACCCCUCAGAGUGA